AUGGCUACCUCCAUUCUUGGGGAAGAGCCUCGGUUUGGAACGACACCUUUAGCUAUGCUGGCCGCAACCUGCAACAAGAUUGGAAACACGAGCCCCCUCACUACUUUGCCCGACUCCAGCGCCUUCUCCAAAGGGGGAUUUCACCCGUGGAAGAGAUCCACGUCAAGUUGCAACUCUGGUUCGGCUCUCCCCGGCUUCACGGUGGCGACCAGCCGCGCUCCCACGGGACUAGCGCCGACGAGCGGCGCCGGCAACAGCGCCUUCUGCCUGGCCUCCAGCGCCUCCCCGACGUCGGCCGCAUUCUCCAGCGAGUACAGCGGCUUGUUCACCAACGGCGGCAGCGUGUCAAGCCAGGAGUCCGGCCAGUCGGCCUUCAUCUCCAAGGUGCACACCUCCGCCGCCGAGAGCCUGUAUCCGAGGGUGGGCAUGGCGCACCCGUACGAGUCGUGGUACAAGUCCGGCUUCCACUCCACCAUCUCCGGCGAGGUGGCCAACGGCGCAUCCUCCUGGUGGGACGUGCAUACCAAUCCUGGCUCGUGGCUCGACGUCCAGAACCCUGCGGGCCCGCUGCAGGGCUCUCUGCACUCCAGCACCCCGCAGGCCAUCCACUCACAGCUGAGCGGGUAUAACGCGGAUUUCUCCUCGCUCACCCACUCGGCCUUCAGCUCCACGGGGAUCAGCCCCACCGCAUCCCACCUGCUCACCACCGGCCAGCACCUGUUGGCCCAGGACGGCUUCAAAACGGUGCUGCCCGCGUACACGGACACCUCCGCGGCAGCUGCAGCGGCGGCCAACGCCAUGAUCUCCGGGGGCGGCUCGGGGAUCAGCGGCUCUUCGCGGUCGUCGCGGCGGUACUCCGGCCGGGCGACGUGCGACUGCCCGAACUGCCAGGAGGCCGAGCGACUCGGACCGGCCGGGGCCAGCCUCCGGAGGAAGGGACUGCACAGCUGCCACAUCCCGGGCUGCGGCAAAGUGUACGGCAAGACGUCGCACCUUAAGGCGCACCUGAGAUGGCACACCGGCGAAAGGCCAUUCGUGUGCAACUGGCUCUUCUGCGGCAAGCGCUUCACGCGCUCCGACGAGCUCCAGAGACACCUGAGGACCCACACCGGCGAGAAGCGCUUCGCGUGCCCGGUGUGCAACAAGCGCUUCAUGCGUAGCGACCACCUGAGCAAGCACAUCAAGACGCACACGGCCGGAGGUGGCGGUAAGAAGGGCAGCGACAGCGACACUGACACCAGCAAUCUGGAGACGCCGAGGUCCGAGUCCCCGGACCUUAUUUUGGAAGGGGUCAACCCCAGGAUCACGGUUAAGGAACAGUCCCCUCACGACGAGCCCUGA